GCGGUCGUCAGUGAACCGCCCGCCAACGCCGGAGCCAGAGGGGCGAGUAGGGGGAGGAGGGGAGCCCACGUCGCUGCGACAAGUGGUUGACGCUAAGCUGUUGGAGAGUGGGGAGAAGGAGCGGCUAAAGACCCUGCUGAGAGACAGGCUGGAGGAGUGUGGGUGGACGGAUGACCUCCUGGUCUACGCCAGAGCAUAUGUGAGCAAGGUUGGCCGCGAGAACGUCUCAUUGGACGAGCUCAUACGGGCCAUCACACCCAAAGGCCGAGGGCAGGGGUGUGUGGAGGGAAGGGGUGCGUGCUUGGUUUCUUGUCUUGUAGUGGUUUUCCUCUCGUGUGCAACUUAUGUUUUCUCUGCUUGCCAUCCGCAUGUGUUUAGGGAGUGGGAGAGGGAGGAGGAGAAGGCGGGGCAGGAAGAGCAGAGCAGCAGAGACAUUGGAGUAGGAGGUGUAGCGCUCAUCUAUGAGCUCCUGAGGGCAGGGAGGUGCCUUUACGAGGCGGAUGGACGAGGCGAGGGCGGGGCAGGAGGCGGGGCAGGUGGCGGGGCAGCAGAGACAAAGAAGUAG